AUGGUAGCCCGCAGCAGGGGCUGUGCACUCUGCGUGCAACGUAGAGUCAAGUGCGAUGAACGACAACCUGGAUGUGCGAAAUGCGAGACCUAUGGAGAGCCGUGCCCUGGCUAUGGUCCCCGCUUUAAAUUUAUUGCUGGGAAGCCAUAUCGCACUCAACGACGUCGAAAGUCAGGCUCUAAUCAGGAUGGCUCAUCCCCCGAGUCACUCGCUGUAGUCCAAUCCCAGCCUCUGCGGCAACGUACAAAUCCGCUGUGCAAUCUCUCGUCCAUUGCUUCGGCUGAUAUGAACUUGAGUCAGUGCCUUUGCGUCUUGAUACAGGAGAUUUCCAAGCCAUUUGCUGCGAACUCGGCGCAUGUUACGUCUCGCUGGUUCGGGUUUCUGCCUACAGUGUAUGGACGCAGUAGGACCUUGGACUUGACGAUUAAAUCCUUUACAGCGCAUCAGAUAGGUAACCUGACGAGUGAUCCGCAAGCGGCGCAGUAUGCGAGACAGCUGUACGUUGAGUCUUUGUAUCGACUGCGGACCUCGUUGGGCAACUCCCGGGAAUGUUAUUCGCCCGAGGUGUUCUGUGCUGUAAUGCUUCUUUGUCUGUACGAGUUGUUCACCAAUGUCCACGACGCAGAUGCCUGGAUGAAACAUGCUAAAGGAUUGAGCCAAUUGGUGGAGCUACGAGGAGCAGCUCGCUGCACCACCGAGUUCGACCAUGUGCUGCUCAAAGCUGCUCGGGGUCUGAUAGUCAUGUACUCUCUCUUCUCCGGGCAGCGCUGCUUUCUAGCCUUGGAAGAAUGGCACACUGUGAUGAAGCAGCACCCCAAUUCCGGCCUGGGUGCCGAUCUUGCGAACCUGGUCGAACAGUUCUUCGCGUACUUCACCUCUGCGCCCGGUCUUGUGCAUCAACUUUACGACCUCAAAGACGCAGAUUUCACUAAGCCGGAUUCUGUCGCCAAAGCGGGUGAUCUGCUCUUCCAAGCCUUGGUCAUGCAGAGUAAAUUAUCCGAAUGGCUCGCCAAUUUGUCUGCAGUCACGCCGUUGCCUGGUGAGACUCGAUCUGCGUCAGGGGAUCUGUAUUAUCCUACUGUGCUCGAGUACUCAAAUGAGAGCGCCGCGUCUAUUUUUUGCGGGUAUUACUCUUACAUGAUAAUCAUACACGAGAUACUGAGGGUCUGCGGUUAUCCUGGUGAUCACAGCGCCACCGUUGUCUAUUUCCGAGACCAGAUCUGCAAGUCGGUUGAGUACAAUGCUCGGGGUCUGCUGGGACCAUAUCGCAUGGGGUUUCCCUUGAGGGUGGCCUAUGAAGUUGCGGAUCCUGCUACGAGGGCUUGGAUCGAGGGUCGUUUGGAAAGGCUCUCGAAAGUGUACGCGGCCGUGCGUCCACAGAACUUCGGAUGA